AAUAAGAGUGCUUGCUUUAAUAGGAUUAUGAGCUUGCUGUGUUUAUACAGAUUACUUUAUAACCCGGAUUGAGAGAGAGCUGAAGGAUUCUCUAUCCGUCUUCAGGGUGGAAGAGAACUCACCGUAAGCAGCAAAAAUGCCAGUUAUAGAUGUAGAGAACCUAACAGACUUGGAUAAAGCUAAAAUGGAAGUAGAUCAGUUGAAAAAAGAGGUAAAACUGGAAAGGGAAAAGGUGUCUAAAUGUUGUGAAGAAGUCAUGGAAUACAUUCAGAGUGGUAUGGAUGAAGAUCCCCUGGUAAAAGGCAUUCCAGAGGAAAAGAAUCCGUUCAAAGAAAAGGGUGGAUGUGUCAUUUGCUAAUGUGGACAGACUAACUGCCCUUUACAAUUUAGACUCUUUGCUACUAAACGUGGAGACCUGCUACUCUUUAAUCUUAGCCAGAAUCUUCCCUGCUGCUUGAAACAGAGAAAAUACAGUUGAGGAUAGAUGCUAAAAUUACUCUAAAUGACUUGGAAAUGGACGCUCUUACAUCAUCUUGUAUAUUUCCCUUUGAAGUGGUGAAAUAAAAGAAAAUAAAUUUG